UCCUCCUGGAAUCGGAUCUGCAAUAGUGGUAUUCAGAAGAGAGGUGGGGUGGUGGCAGUUGCGCGGCACAGACGGGACGGACCCCCUGCUCAGAGGGUGCAAGCUGGUGAGAGCAGUGCGAGGGUCCGAGGUAGAGAAGGGUACGGGCGCGGGUUGUGGACAUUCUAAUCCCGCCGGGCCUCUCCGGGGCCUGGGCCUCCCCCUCCCGCGGCAUCGGCUCAGGUGAUCCGGUGGAGAGCGAAGGCUUAAAAAAAAAACCUUUUGCUGAAGGACCAUUUACUGGUAUAGUUUCAAAAUGUCAAGUACUGUGUCCUACUGGAUCUUAAAUUCUGCAAGGAACAGCGUUGCCACAUUACAAGGGGGGAGGCGUUUAUAUUUAAGGUGCACCUCAAGUAGGAAUAAAUCGAAAUGGAGGCUCUUAUCCUGGGCACCAACCACCCUAAAAAACAAUACCUCAUGCGCUGGCUUUGCUCUGCCAAAAGCCUACAGACACACAUCGACCGAGGAAGACGAUUUCCACUUGCAACUCAGCCCUGAGCAGGUAAAUGAAGUGCUGCGAGCUGGUGAGUCAGCCCACAAGAUUCUUGACUUUGUCAGCGUCAGUGGAGUCCCCAACUCGGUAUUGCGGUUCGAGAGCAAUCAGCUGGCUGCCAAUUCCCCAGUGGAGGACCGGCGAGGUGUAGCUUCCUGCCUGCAGACCAACGGGCUGAUGUUUGGCAUCUUUGAUGGACAUGGUGGCCAUGCGUGCGCUCAAGCAGUGAGUGAGAGACUGUUCUACUACGUGGCGGUGUCACUAAUGUCUCAGCAGACCUUGGAGAGGAUGGAGGGAGCCAUGGAAAGCAUGAAGCCUAUGCCGCCCAUCCUGCAGUGGCUCAAGCAUCCAGGGGACAGUAUCUACAAGGAUAUCACGUCAGUGCACCUUGAUCACCUCCGGGUCUACUGGCAGGAGCUGCUUGACCUGCACAUGGAAAUGGGACUGAACAUUAAGGAAGCAUUAAUGUACUCCUUCCAGAGGCUGGAUUCUGACAUCUCGCUGGAAAUCCAGGCUCCUCUGGAAGACGACAUGACAAGGAACCUUUCACUCCAGGUCGCUUUCUCUGGGGCAACAGCUUGUGUGGCCCAUGUUGAUGGUAUUCACUUGCAUGUGGCAAAUGCUGGUGACUGCCGGGCCAUCCUUGGUGUCCAGGAUGACAGUGGCAUGUGGUCUUGUCUGCCCCUCACUCAUGACCACAAUGCCCGGAACCAGGCUGAGCUGUCACGAUUAAAAAGGGAGCAUCCGGAAUCAGAGGACGGGACAAUCAUCAUGGAAGACAGGCUGCUGGGAGUCCUCAUGCCCUGCAGGGCAUUCGGGGACGUCCAGCUGAAGUGGAGUAAAGAGCUGCAGCGCAGUGUCCUGGAGAGGGGUUUUGACACCGAGGCCCUCAACAUUUACCAGUUCACCCCCACACAUUACUACACGCCCCCCUACCUGACUGCUGAGCCUGAGGUCACGUACCACAGGCUGAGGCCCCAGGAUAAGUUCCUUGUGCUGGCCUCAGACGGCCUGUGGGAUGUGCUAGAUAAUGAGGAUGUGGUGAGGCUGGUGGUGGAGCAUCUGACGGAAGCAGGUCGGCACAAGCCAGACCUGGCCCAGAGACCUGCCAACCUGGGACUCAUGCAGAGACUGCUGCUACAGAGAAAAGCCCAGGGGCUCCACGCUGCAGACCAGAAUGCAGCCACGCGUCUGAUCCGACACGCCAUAGGGAACAAUGAGUAUGGGGAGAUGGAGCCGGAGCGGCUGGCGGCCAUGCUGACAUUGCCAGAGGACUUGGCGAGGAUGUACAGGGAUGACAUCACUGUCACUGUGGUGUAUUUUAACUCAGACUCAAUUGAUGCGUAUUACAAGGGGGGGUAAGAGGCUCCCAUCUUAUUGUCCCGGUGAACUCCAGUGCUCUUCUAAGACAUUUUCACUUACUCGGAAACUAGCUCUUCAAAUCUUACUGUUGAAAGGGCAGGCAGAUAUAGCUUGCUUAAUAAUAGACUAAUGUGAGAAAAAGAAAACAGCCUAAGUUUAAAAACAGUAGCCGUGAUUUCGUGUCCCUGUGUGUUUUGGUCACCUCUACUACGCAGAGAGGGCAGAGCUUAAGAGACCACAGAAUUGGCUUGGGCUCUAGUAGCCCAAGUCCUUUUAUAAAGACACUUAGUAAACUGUCAGCCUGAGCCUCCAAAGGGUCAAUUUAAUCAUGAUUCUAAGCGUGCGAAGAACUUCAGGGUUUCCUGAAGUCUUGCUGCAAAAUCUACAAACUUGAUAAUUCUUGAUUCAUGAUCAUCGACUUUUAGACUAUGAAGCAAGGUUUUGUUUGUUUUUUAUUUUUAAAUUACUAAGACCUAGGUUUAUAAAGGAUGUUACAGAACACUUUUCAAUGCAAUAGUCUAACCUUUUUUUGUGAUUAUACUUGUGAAAACAUUUUGAAAUCCUACAUUCUAGUUCUAUUUUAGUUUAUUUUAAAACUGAGUCCUCAAACUUGCAAACAGGCCUGCUGUCAACAUGCUUAGAAUGAUUUGUCUUGGUUUUCAGCUGAGGGUGGGAAGGGCUCGGCCUCUAGACCAGCGGAAUUUGUGCAGCUUUUGGUCCCUUUCACUGGGUCCUAUCCCCUGACCUUUCAAGACUGUACUAGGAGGUAACUUCAGUCUAAGCCUUGACUCUUGGCCUUUCCUGCAUUAAUAACAUUUCCUCCAGUGCUUAGCCUUUGGAAGUUUAGUCAUAGCACUUAGCCUUUCUGUUUAAAUCUCUCAAACAUUCUUCUGUUAAUUUCUACCUUUGUUGUGCUAAACUCCGUCAUCUCGCUGCUGCUGACUAACUGGAAAGAAUGCUUCCUCUUUAAAUGGUUGCAGGGAGGGAGAAAAUGUGAUCUCCUUGUGAUUAGGCAGAACUGGCUUAUGCAGUGGAUUAUGGAUUUAGAUUCAGCCUGAAUCUGGAGAGAUGAAACAUGAAGGAGUUGAAAACAGUCACUAACCAAGGCUCCUAUGUGGAUCCUGAGAGGUGGUGGGGAGGAGGGAGAAGUGAGAUUUGUUGGAUGAGACACUUGCACCUAGAAUGUGAGAUAAAUCGUCAUUGCUACUUCUCAGGAACUAGACCAUAUUUAGUAUAGGAAUGGGGCAAAAAUAAACGUGACCCAUAAUGGCUUCCGUGGGCUGCACAGUCUUUGUGUUUAUUGGAAAAUUAAACCAUGUCGAUCCUUUUUUGGGAUAUGAGUUUCAUGUUCUCGUGAAUUACUGUGGCAUUUAAACAACAGGAAAUGUGUCCCUGAAUGGAAACACAAAUAUAAAACCACAAAACUGACAUUUUUAUCUUCCUGCUUUACAUUAAUUGAUCCUUCUCCUCAUCUCACCCCCUUACGCCAUCCACUGAAAGAAAAGCAAAUAACUAGGUUUGACUUCAUUUUUGUCCAUGUCCCAGUGACAUUCAUUCAAGCAUUGGGAUACUUCUAGCUUGCGGAUGUUUCCCUGUAUAUUUUCCAGUGCAACUGUUUAGUGCUAUGGCUUCAUCUAAGGAAUUCUCUUGAGAGCUUAGCCUUGGUCCUUUUAUUCUGAAACUAUUGGUAUUCCUUCUAAUCUCCUAGAUCUUAACUCAGAAAUUAAACGUGACUCUCUACCAUUCUGCUCAUAUGAAGGUUUGUUGCUAGAGCUGAAGACUGCUUGUCUGACAACCUUUUUUCCUGAUGCCGGCUAAACCCUGGCACACCCUUGGACCGUUUACCUGGAUUACAGAGUGUGAAUCCGUUUUGGAGCCACCCUGGUCAUAAAUGUAUCUGAUUCAAUAACUUGUGGGACAGCUGAGAGAAUACAGACUUCCCAACUGUUCCUCGGAACGUAUCUGUGUUUUCUCUCUGCUUCAUGGAUUUCCUCCUUUCUAACUGAUAUAUUGAGAGAGAAGAAUGGCCUUUAUUGACUGCCUUUCCCACUGAGAACUUUGUCAGCUCUUUCCAUGAAUGCUCCAAGGGGUGCCUCCUGGUUAAACCCCAGUGUGUAUCUCCCUGACCAUAGUUCUGCUGUGUUGGCCUUCCUGAGGCAUUGCUUGUGGACACUGGCAUUUAAGAGGGGGUUGGUGGUACUUCUCAGUUUCUUCCAAAGCAUUUAUCCUUCUUUUUAUGUAAAGAUUUCAAUUUUGAGACUUCUAAAAUGAACUAAUAAAUGAGACUGAACGUUUAAUAUUUUGGUGGUAACUUUACUCAAAAGUAUGCUUUGGUGUUUUAAAUGGCAUAUUAUUUUAGGUAAGAAAUUUUGGUAAUAUCAACCUAAUUUGCAUAUUUUACAUACAAGUAAAAUAUGGCUCUGCUGAUUCUGGGGAUUGGUCAAAAUGGAUAGGGAAGAUGGUACUGGUUCUAAAUUCAAAUUAGUAUGCUAGGUCAAGUUAUUUAGAUACUCAGUGUUCUGAGAUGUUAAUUGUAACAUUGAAGCUAAUUUAUUAUAAUGAAAAUGUAAACUUUGAGGUAUGUUAAUACGUAAACACUUCUCCCAGAAAUAUGAUCCUCCUAAAAGAUAUGUAGUAUUGGGCACACUGGGUAAAGCUCAGGGUAGACACAAUUGAAGUGGCACCUUUUAUAUGUAAAUGAAAUAUAAACAGCCCAAACUUGACUUAAAGAAGAGAAUAAUUGUAUGGAACAAGAAAAUGUGUUCAGAAGGAGUCUGGCUUGACUCUUUUGUCCAUCAGCCCCCGCGGACCUAUGUUCAUUUGACCGUUUUGGGGAAGCCUUAACCUCCCAGAUUAAACCAGAAUGUCCUGGAACUGAGCUAUCCUAGUUUCAUCUUCAAGUGGUUCAUUUGUCUUUGAAUGUGACUCUUUUCUGUAACAGAAAAAGCCCCAGUGUGGCUUUGGAGCUGCGGUAUAAAGGCUGGUGGUACCAUGUCAUGCGAGUUGCCAUGUGCGUCACCCAGUGGAAAACACGUUUGGACUGCUGUGCUGCCAUCACCUGAAUAGGCAGAGGCUCUGUCCCUUAGGCCUCAGGCACCUAACGUUUAACCUGCCUCCUGGAAAAUAUUUCUUAUCAAGUAUUUACUUUAUUAAAAAUUUACUUUAUUAAAAAUCAUUAACCAUGUUCUUUAAUAUUUACUGACAUUUGUGUUUUAAGCUGUAUACCAAUGUUCACACUUGACAUUGAUUUUCUAACCAUUAGAGAUAUUUAAAUAAAACUUGUAAAUAAAAGGAGCAAAAUGA